AUGUCUUUCAUCGGAGAGGCUGCUCUUUCUAAGCUUUUGGAGCUGUUGCUCGGCAAGUCCAUCGAUGCUGCUCUCAACUUUGUUGCUGAUCACCACCAACUGUACGACCAGCUCAAGGAGUGGAAAUCCAUAUUGCCCGAUAUCAAGGCAGUGCUGAACCACGCAGAGGAGAAGCAGAUCCAGGACGAGGAUGACAUCUUGGACGAGUUUGUCUAUGAACAGUUACGUCUCAAGCUCGACAAAACUCAGGCUCAGGCUCAGGCCAGCACUAGUAUGGUACGGAAACUCCUUCCUACCUGCUGUACCGGUACCAAUUUCACUCCGUCGUCAUUUCAAUUUAAAAAAAGCUAUGAUUCCCAAGAUGAAAGACAUCACCGCUAG